AUGAUUAGGGAUUUUAUUAUUUUUGAUUAGACUUAACACUGUCUGUUUUACAAGUAUUAUUUUAAUAUACUUAGAUAGGGCUUAUGGUGAUAAUUUAAUUAAUCUUUAUGGUGUUUAUUAUGAAUUCCAUAGAGUACUAUUAUUAGAACUUUAUGUUUAUUAUACUACUUAUUUAACAUCUAAGAAUCCAUCUGAACCAAAUUUACCUAUAUCUUUGAUUAAUUUUUAAGAUCUUCUAACCUUUCUAAAUUCUAUCAUAAAUGAAAUCCUACUUCCUUCUACAUAUCAGGAGAUCCUUCAUCAUUCUCAGGUACCUCAUUUAUUUUAUCAAUUUUAGUAAUGCCUCUUCUUUCAUGCUCUGCUCAUGAAUUGA